AUGGUCGGCCACGACAUGUCCUGGGCCUCCUUCCAUGUCCUCGAGGUCAUGUCGUCGCCCAAGUAUCACCAGAAGCGCGUGGGAUACCUGGGUGCCGUGCAGAGCUUCCGGCAGGACACCGAGGUUCUCAUGUUGGCUACCAAUCUCCUGAAAAAGGACUUGGCUGCCACCACGCCAACGGUCAUAUCCCUUCCGAUUGCAACCCUCCCUCACGUCAUUACUCCGUCCUUGGCUCUCUCAACCCUCGCCGACCUACUACCACGUUUGAACCAUAGCCAUGCAAACAUACGCAAAAAGACCCUCGUCACACUAUAUCGCCUGGCGCUCGUAUACCCCGAGGCUUUGCGUGCGGCCUGGCCAAAGAUUAAAGAUCGCCUGAUGGAUCCCAACGAAGAUCCGAGCGUAACAGCAGCCAUUGUCAAUGUUGUUUGUGAGCUCGGUUCCAGGCGACCUCACGACUUUCUGCCUCUGGCGCCACGACUCUUUGAAUUGUUGGUCGACAGUGGCAACAACUGGAUGGCCAUCAAACUCAUCAAGCUUUUUGCGACGUUAACACCUCUUGAGCCUCGGCUUGUCAAAAAGCUACUUCCCCCUCUUACCAACAUUAUCCGAACCACUCCCGCCAUGUCUUUACUGUACGAGUGUAUCAAUGGCAUCAUCCAAGGUGGCAUUCUGGACAACGCCGAGGACAUUUCCGGGGCAGACGAAAUUGCAACCCUCUGUGUCAAUAAGCUGCGAGGAAUGAUAAUGAUAAAUGGCGACGCAAAUCUAAAAUACGUUGCCUUGUUGGCCUUUAAUAAAAUUGUUCUCACACACCCGCAUCUUGUUUCUCAGCAGGAGGAUGUCAUUCUGGAAUGUAUUGACAGCUCGGAUAUUACCAUCCGUGUCCAAGCCCUAAAUCUUGUAAAGGGCAUGGUGACUAGCGAUAACUUGGUCCCCAUAGUGAGCCGCCUGAUGAAGCAGCUCAAAUCGUCAUCCCCGUCCAAAGAUCGCCGCACGCCAGGAAGCUCAUCCAACACUCCAGAGACAGAAUCAGACGAUGAAGCGCAAACUGCUAUUACGGCACCGACUGUUCGAGACACCCAGGCUCUCCUCAUUCCGGACGACUACCGAAUAGACAUCAUCGAAAGAAUUUUAUUCAUGUGCUCCAAAGACAACUAUUCCAGUGUAUUGGAUUUCGAUUGGUACAUCGAUGUGCUGACACAGCUUGUUCGGAUGGCUCCUGUUCCCCGAACGUUCGAUGCGGAUACGGGUGCCUUGCUCCCCACCCGCCAGCAGGUUGAUGUUUCCGAGAAAGUGGGAGACGAGCUGCGCAAUGUUGCCGUCAAGGUCAGAGCAAUGAGGGCAACCGCUGUCAGAGCAGCAGACGUUAUUCUCGACCAGUUGCUCACCGACAACCCGGUUGGACAUCCGCUCAGCUCAGGGGCUCUCAAGUCGACCAUAUGGAUCAUUGGCGAAUACUCUAUACAGUUGGCCAUGCCAGAUGAUAGUCUCAACGGGCUUCUCCAGGCCAUUCCGAGAAUCGGAAAACCCGAGAUUAUCGCGGUGGCUCUCCAUGCCACUGCCAAAGUCUUUUCAUCAAUUGCCGGUAGUGAACUCGAACCGUGGACUUCCGAACGAAAAUCUAGGAUAUCGCUUCUCCUUGCUCGCAUAUUAGACGUGCUAGACCCGCUUGCCCUUCAUCCAAAUCUCGAAGUACAAGAGCGAGCGGUAGAAUUCAUAGAAUUGCUCAAACUGACGGCAGAAGCGGCCUCGGGACAGCCUCCGUCAACAGAUGAAAACAACCAAGAGCCGCCCCUGCUUCUCACACAAGCUAUUCCAUCCUUGUUUGCUGGCUGGGAGCUCAAUUCGGUUGCCAUCCAUGCGCAGAAGAAUGUGCCCCUUCCAGGGGGUUUGGAUCUAGAUGAACCAAUACACAGCAAUCUCGGCAGGCUUUUGGCUCAGACCGAUAUCGUUACGCUUCAGUCAGAUGAAGCUGAUGACUUUGAGAUUUACUAUCACCAGCGACCACCCCCUUCAAGCAUCUCAUCAUCAGCGCCAGCCAUUAGCAGACUGGCUGAUCCAGAGGAUGACAUGGCAAACUCCUAUCAGCAACCCAGUGAAGAGAGCUAUUUGGACGCAGACAUUCUUGCCAAAAGAAGGGCAGAAAGGCUGGAGAAAAACAAGGAUGACCCCUUUUAUAUCCCGAGUGAUAAUAUCCUCAGGACAUCAACGCCCAUUCACAACAUCCUACAAAACAACAAUGGGCCUGCCUUGGACAUUGACUCUAUUCCUGUAAUGCAGCUGGACCUCGAGAAAAUAGGGCAAACAGUCGCUGCGCCCUCUCGGCCCCGACCUCAGCCACGACAGAGAGUCAUCGUCGCUGCAGAUGAAACCCUAGAAGGCAGCGACAGCGGCACGGGGCGGCAAUACGACUCGGAAAAUAGUUCCGUCAAUCUCACCAAGGCCAAAUCUAAGAAAUCAAAGCAGCACUCCCUCCUACAAGUCGAUUCGAGCACCAUUGGAUCCUUUAGCCUGGAGGGCAAUGCCUCGGAAGGGUUCGACUACGAGAGGCAACAGCGGGAGGAGGCGGAGAUGCAGCAGGCCAUGAAAGAGGUAGAGCGGUUACGUCUGGAAAUGCAACGGGCCAACGAGAGGAUCCAGAUGGCGCAAGGGGCUGACGUACAAGGCGUCGUCAUAAAGAAGAAGAAGAAGAAGGUGGUCAAGAAGACGGCGGGCGAUGAUGAGAAUGAAGCUACAACGGUCAAGCCCAAGAAGAAGACCAAAAAGGCAGCGACGCAGACAGUGGAGGGCAACGAGCCCGGUGGCGCAACGGAAGAUAUGCCGGGCAGUCCUCCGGUGAAAGUAGUACCAAAGAAAAAGAAGAAGAAGAAGGCAUCCGUCGAGGAGGUUGAGGCUACGGGAUGA